GGAAAUUCAAAAAAAAAACAUCUGAUAUUUUACAACGAAACGUACAACAAGGCUGUUUUAAUACCGGAAAAGGGUUAUAUAAGCUUUUAAGAAGUGUCCUUCAGAAUGGCUGACAAAACAACAAUGAAAGAUGUUGCUGGUCGAGGACAUGAUGCCGUUGAUUGUGACAGAUCGAAAGCCAUGGAGGAAGAAAAACUUUUAAAAGAAAGACUUCUUGAUGAGAAAAUGAAGUUAAUAAAACAAAAGAACGAAGAAAGACUGAGACGGCAAAAGGAAAUUGAGGAAGACAUCAGGUGUGCCAGUUUGCACAGCACUCAAGCUGCAGAGGAAAAGCCUGCUGUCACAGAACAUAAAAUGGCUGGCAUACAGAAGGAUAAUAAUUCAUCAGUAUCCAGGAUGAGAGGUAGAGCAAGAGGAAGAAUUCUAGCUAAAAUGGCAAAGGAAGAACUCCAGGCUCACAGAUUUGAAAACAAGGGAAAGCAAACCUAUGAGGAUUUAGAAAAUGAAGUGCAAAAGAAAGAGAUUAGGAAUUCUCCUCCUAGAGGGGGUUCGUCAAGCUUCUUGUACGAUGAGCGCAGAGUCGAUAUGUCAAAGGUGUCAAGCAGGUCAAGCAAUUCUUGGGGUGGAAGUCAGUUUGAAGAUGUUGUUGAAAAAGUUGUGGAAAAACAUGCCCAUCAAAGAAAAAAGGAUCAAAACAUUGAAGUCUCCAUGACUGGAAAAGAAAGAAAACAAUAUAUAGAAUGGAAAGAGGAAAGAAAGAGAAUAGAUAGAGAAAGGAAAUUACGUCAGAAAAGCGGAGAAAACUGGAAGAGAGAAUGGGAUAGAGAAAAAGUUCAUAAAGAAUUCAGUUCCACUCAUGAAAGACAUGAUCAGCAUCAUACAAGACGUAGUGGACAAAGGUUUGGGGAGAGGACAAGGCGGAAACCUGACUGGGAUCUUCAUGACGACAGAGUCCCAGAAAAAGAUAUUCAUUAUACAGACAAUAACAGAGAAAAUGAGAGAGAUAACUGGGAAGAAAUAAAUGACCAAAAGAACAAUAUUGCAAUUAAUAAUGAGGUAGAAGAUUGGGAAAAUAGUAGCUCUACUGGCGUUGAAAGACACAUUGAAUCAGGCUUAAAAGAAGAAACCAUUUUAUCGGCAAAUUUGGAAGACAGCACAACCAGAAAAGUAAACAAAAAAGACGAUUCAAAUACAAACAAUGAAACAAAUGAAACUGUUGAUAAUGCAGCAGUAAACUCAGAAAUGUCUAAAGAACAUCAUACAACAGACAUGGCUGAUAGCAAAGAAGUAAAAGAAACUUUUGAACCAAGAAUUAAUCAAGAACAGGAAGAUAUUGACAUUAAGAAUCUAACUGUAACUAUCGAUUCAAAAGGAAAGAGAAAUAUAUUUGAUGAGCUGACAAAUAAUGAUAUAAAUUCACAUCCUGAUAAAAUGGAAGGUACAUUUAGUGAUGACAGCAAGGAGAGUAAGGAAGAGACUCUCAGUGUCAAGGAAGAUAAAGUUAUCGAAGAGGCAAAACCGCAGAGAAUUCACAAGAAGCACCGGCGAAGAGAAGAGAAAGAAAGUCCCCAAAGCAGUAAACCACAGGAGAAACAGGAUUUAAGUAAUGAAAUGGUUGAAAACAAAAAGAUAAAUAAUUCAGAACUUGAAAGAAACACAACAGAUGUGAAGGUUGAAUCUGACAGCAUCACCAACUCAAUGUCGUCAUCAUCACACCAUGAAAAGUCCGAGGAAAGCUUACCAAAGCUUGAAAUCAAGAAAGCAGAGGAGAACAAUGAAGAUGUGCCAGAUUUUUUGAAGACACCACAGAAAAAGAACUGGGCUGAUUGUGAGUUUGACGAAGAAUUAGACUUACCACCACUAGAAUGGGGCAGCCUUACAAAAUGAUUAUUCCACAGAUAUCAUCAAGAUAACAUUGAAGUAUUAUUGGUGUAAUUGGUAAACUUUCCAUGUCUCAUGUAUUGAUGUAUAUCUUAGAUGUUUUUUUWAAAUUAAACUUAUAAUAUUCUUCAUGACCAAAGUCAGCCACUAUUAUACAUCUUUAUAAUUUAUUACGUAAUUCUAGAUUUUUAAAAUUUUGUAAUAAUAUUCUUCAUGUAUCAUUUAUGACAUAAUUCUAGAUUUUAAAAAUCUUGUCUCUGCUGCUUGAGGCUUUUUAAUUGAAACUCUAAUACUUUCAAACAAAAAUGAAUGCAUUAAUAUUUGCAUGUAGUUUAGAAUGUGUAUUUCUAGGUUUUAGUAAAAAACAUGUCAAAAUAUGCUGGUCAUGUACCAUUUUAAUAGUGUUUUUAAAUAAAUUUGA